AUAAUGUGGAAACCAUUGGAAAAUAAUCCCGAGAUCUUAGAACCUUACCUGCAAAAAUUAGGAAUUCCAAAUGCAGGUGUAUUUGACUUAUUUACGUUGGAUGAAAUUCCUGAAUAUAUACCUCGUCCUGUAGGGGCACUUUUGUUGGUUCUUCCUUCUCCUGGUAAAUUUGAUAAGUCUCAAAAUGAAUCGAAACUUUUACCAGCUGAUUGCAAGGAAGUGGUUUGGUUUCCUCAACUUGUAUCCAAUGCAUGUGGUACUGUUGCCUUGAUGCAUGCUAUAGCAAAUGGAGAUCUUUCCAAAAAAAGUUACUAUUCAGACUUUACUUCUAACUUUUUAAAAAAAGCUAGAGAAGAGAAGGCCGACCAAAGAGCAAAUAUGUUAAAAAACUCUAAAGAGAUAGCCACACUACACGCAGAAUUUGCUGGUGCACCCGACGAUGAAGAAGAAGGAGACGAAGAAGAUGAAACCGACCUUCAUUAUCUUUGUUUUGUUAGGGGAACAGAGGCCAAUGAUCGCCAUUUUUAUGAAUUGGACGGCCGUCGCGAAGGACCUAUUCAACACCCCGAAAUUGAAAAGGACUUACUAGAUCCUAAAGUAUUUUCCGUGAUAAAAGGCUAUAUAGAGAAGACAAAUUCUCCUUAUUUUUCCCUAGUAGCUAUUUCGGCUACAGACGACAAUUAAAAGACGGUCGAGGCUUUCAAUGUAAAAGUCUAUGUCAAGUUUUUUUUUAAUUUAUUUCACGUUAAAGCACAACUAUGUCACUUCAUUCGAUUCUUGUUUGUUUAGAGUAUUAAUUCGUUCAAACACACAUUGAUAUUCUUGUGAUAUUUCCGUAAAGAUGCUGCUUCUGAUGAUCGUCUUUGGUGAGUAUGAGUCCUCUUCUUGCUGGCGGUUUUGUUUUAUCUCUGUCUGUCUGUUUCUCUCUUUCCUUACAUAGGGCUAUUGCAGAAUUUAGUUGCUCUCCAUCUAACGAUUUCAAAUAUCAUUACGCUACUUGUUUUUCUCCUUUAGUUAAUAUAGUCAUAACAACCAACUACACAAGAUAUUAUUUACGUCUACCAUCGAAAUAUCCUUCAAACAUCAAAAGCUACACACCAACUGAUGGAUUUUCUAGCAUCUU